UCACUUCUCUAAUUUCUACACUUAAAAACACUUGCAUUUUUACUUACAGCAAUUAAUCAUCUUUUACUAAAGUAAUUAACAAAAAAUGGCUCAGGGAAGAGGCAGUGCAAGAUCAAGUUUGGUAGCAGGAGUAGCAGUUCUCUGUCUUUUGGCUAUUAUUCAGCCAAGUCUUGCUGCCUUUUACAAUGUUGGAAAUGGUGGUGGAUGGACCUUUAAUGUCAACAAUUGGCCUAGAGGCAAGUCCUUUAGAGCCGGUGAUGUUCUUGUAUUCAAUUAUGCAAGAAACCUGCACAAUGUAGUGCCAGUGAGCAGCAGAGGAUUUGCAAGCUGCAGUGCACCACGAGGGGCAAAGGCGUACCAGAGUGGAAAAGACAGAAUUAGAUUGAAGAAAGGCCUUAAUUACUUCAUCUGCUCUUUCCCCGGCCAUUGCCAGGGUGGAAUGAAGAUUGCUAUUAAUACUGCUUAAUUUAUUAUUUACCUCAACUACUACUACUUCUCUUAAUUAAUGUUUUUCAAAUUGUAGGUUUAUAAUAUUUGUAUUGAGCUACUAAUGUGUGUUGAAAAUAAAAGGAAAAAAGGGUGCAAGUGAGGAUUAUGUUAUGAUGAGGGAAAAGAGGAAGUAGCUAAGUUAAUGUUGUUUUUUUCUUGUGAUGUUAUUAUUUUCUGUUAAGGUGUGCAUGUGGUUUUUAUAAUACCUAGGCGGCUAGGCAUGUUCUUAGCUUAUGUUAAGAAAGUUUGUUGUGAAGUGUAAGUUUGAUAAUGGAUAAGAAAAUUGAGGAUUUAUAUGUGCAAGUAUACAAGUAUAAUAUAUGUGUGUGUUUUAAUUAUAA